GGCACAUUCAGUUACAGUCACAACUGCAGCACGAGUACACGCCGCCAGCCACGUUGGUGACCCUGCUCUCUUCAUUCCACUGCGGCCUUGAGGCUGAAUCGAUUGAGGUGUUGAGUGUUUGUUCGAACUUCAAAUACUAGGCCACGCCGCAACCCUGCAGCACAGCUUGAGACUUCUCCUUCUCCCCAGGAGUGAUUCCGAGUAGCAGACAUCCUAUUGAUCUCGGGUGCGGUUUUCGCUAAAGCGCUCCAUACUGUUGUGGUUCCAAUAGUGAGCUAUAUAGUACGCUCCACUUAGUAUACCUCUUCACUGAUUACUCCGUGGUAUCGAACAGGUGCACAACAUCUUACAGUGAUGCCUCGUGGAACAACUUUGGCUUUCAUAGCUCUCCCUUUACUUGCGCUAUCACUCGCGUAUUAUGCACAAUCCUCUUCCUCGCUUCUCGGACCUGCACCUCACCUCGGAACUGGACUACAGUUUUCACUAGCUCUGUCAGGUCUCAUCGGAUACGCCCAAGCCGCCGUGCAGGCACCUUUCGGCUUCAAAACUGUAGAACAGCCCGUGCAAGCAGUCAUCGAUACUGAUGAGUACGAAUAUACACUCGAGCCUCGUCCACGUUUCUCGCGCAAAAUUAUUGCUGUAGGCGAUAUACAUGGUGACAUCGGGAACGCAGAGCGUAUUUUACAAAUGGCCAGUGUCGUGGACGAGAACAAUAAUUGGAGCGGCAAAGUGGAUGUUUUGGUGCAGACUGGUGAUAUUAUUGACAGGGGUGAUGAUACGAUCGAGUUGUUUAAUUGGAUGGAAGACCUUCGAGAGCAAGCCUUGGCCGUCAACGGCAUUGUGUUGUCGAUCCUCGGAAAUCAUGAGUAUAUGAAUGCGAUAGGUGAUUGGCGUUACGUUUUGGAGUCGGAGAAGAAGACUUUUGAGCCUCGCGAGAGUCGCCUGCAAGCUGUUACAACUGGUUGGCUUGCGGAUGCAUGGGCGGAGAAUUACACUACCGCUGCACGACUUCCUCUUCACGGUUUACUUGGCCCUCCCAACACCGAUUAUCCAGCACCAGAAGGAAGCGCAUUUGCACGUGCCAAUGCAGGACCUCUUUCGCAUGCUGCUUUCUCAUUUGUUCACGGUGGUUUGGCUCCUACAUAUCCCAAUCUUCAGCCAUUCCCAAGUGCUAUUAAUAACCUUGGAUCAUCGCUUUUACACAGGUUGAGAGAGCGCAAGCCUCAGCCUCAGCCACACCCACCCAGUUCGUACCCUGGUCUUCCUGCAGGCACGACUCGCGAGGAAGCCCGUCUGUACGGUGGCGACGGGCCGUUGUGGUACCGUGGCUGGGCCGAUGAAGAUGAAAAGAAGGUGUGUCGGAUGGUUGAUGAUGUUCUCGAAAAGACGGGCACUCGCCGUAUGGUGAUGGGUCACACUCCACAAUUUGACGGCAUUGCAGCCAGGUGCCACGGGAAGGUGCUCAUCAUCGACACUGGUAUUUCGCAUGCUUAUGGCGGCCCCUUAUCGGCACUAUCAAUCGAGUACACGUUGGAGCCUGCCCAGAGUGGAGGUUGGAAAGAGCAGGAGAUCGUCAAGGCUCUAUACGCUGACCAGGAUGACGAGUUGCUUGCUGUCAGCACGCGGGACCUUGAGGACCUCUGGUAGACCUCUAAAAGGUUUCGCGACAUCACUCGAUGACCUCGUCAUGUCACUCCUUGAAUUUCGACAACUCACUUCUUUACUUGCAAGCUUGUCACCGUUGUCGCACCGCUACCAUUUGAAUCUAUAUAGUUAUGCGCAUCACUCAGAUUGUACGUUCUACUCGUGUACAUGUUGCAAUAUUUGCUACUGCCAAAUACUGUGGUCCAGUUUUGUGCACUACGCAAUUCGAUCACGUAUAUCGGGU